CAUUAUGAACUUGCAAGUUCGAAGAUGGCCGGCAAAGCUCUCAGACGUGUUUACGUUUUGUGUCUAUAUUUAGCAGUACAAUCAGUAUUCGCAAACAAUGUUGACCGGAGAUUUGACGUCAAAAUACAAGCACUGAAGCCAAAAGGAAUUCGUGUCUACAUUCCAGAUGAGAAAAACUUCUCUUUGUUCGUUUUCCAAGGAAAUGUAAAUAGAAAAAUUGGAGAAAACGAUGUAGGCAAUAUAAGUGGAGAGGUGACUAGUCCCACAAACGGUCGGUGGAUCUUUGAAGACCCAAAUGUUCAGUUGAAACCUGGUGACGUCGUCAAUUAUUAUGUACACGUUGUUUAUGACGGAAAAGGCUUUUUGGAGGAUAAUUUGAGUUUUACUGUUCAAAAGUUAGAAGAUCCGUCGAUCCCAGUUCCAUCAACACCCUCCAAGUGUCGGUCGACCGUGACCGAAGUACGAAAUGGCAAAGCGUGUGCCGGACAAGUUAUUUUUGAAGAUACCUUUGAAAGUUUCCGUGAAGACUUUUGGUUGAUUGAGCAGUACAUUCCGGAGCAACCUGACUACCCGUUUGUUUCCUACCAACGUUCUCCAGCAGCGAAAGUUGUAUCAGUAGACGAAGGUAACUUGAAGAUCAAACCAAAACUUCUUCAAAAUCUGCCUGGUUUCACAGAAUCCUCCGUGUACUCGGAUAAUCUGGAUCUUAUUAGUGGGUGCACCAGUAGAUCCACAUACGUGGCCAAAUGCAGCAUGAGGCCUUGGGGGGCUACUAUACUGCCUCCAGUAGUAAGCGGUAGAAUCACUACUAAAUCACUGGCCUUCAAGUUCGGUAUUGUCGAGAUUCGAGCGAAACUGCCACAAGGAGAAUGGCUGUACCCAGACAUCCUUCUUGAACCACUAUUAAACAAGUACGGAUUCUUGAGUUACGCUAGUGGGGCCAUUAGGAUAGCGGGUGCAAGGGGCAACGAACAGUUAACUGUCAAUAAUGAAGACAAGAGUAAUAAGGUCCUUUAUGGCGGCCCUAUCAUGGACUUUGAGUGUCGUCAAGCAAUGAUGAAUAAAAAGCUGUCGAAUAAAAACUGGGGAGAUGAAUUUCACGUGUACUCCGUUAUAUGGGCACCAGGCAGGAUAACGCUGACAGUUGACGGCGAGGAGUGGUCCCGCGUGGAACCCACAGCCACAGGACUUCAGGGUCGGCUGACAAAGAGUUGUCAGGUGCCACGGGAGCUGCUGUCGACAGGAACCAACAUGGCGCCCUUUGAUGACUUUUUCUACGUCACAUUGGGUGUAGCGGUUGGUGGUAUCUCGGAAUUUGAAGAUGGCAGCUAUUCCUCUGGAAGGCCAAAGCCAUGGCGGAAUGGCGGCAGAAAGGCUGCGAUGAAUUUCUGGCAGGACAAAGACUCUUGGUAUCCAACGUGGUCAGAAGGCUUGAUAGUCGACUAUGUCCGCGUUAAGGCUUUGUAGACAGGCUAAUUUACGAGUAUACAAUAAAACGUUGAGUGCAUUUUGCUGUUACCGGCUAUUAAAAUAAUUUUAUGAAA